AUGGAUCGAUCCAAUACUGGGCAGCCUCCCUCUGGCAGCCAGCUGCCGGGCAUCCCAGAUGAUCAAGUCGGUACCGCAGACCUUGAUGGACAAGACUACCCGUGGCAGCGCCAGACCACCAGCUCGAAUCCGAACACCCAGACCACCCACGCCCACCCUCAUCCCCAUGCGCAUCCGAUGCAAAUGGAGCCCCAUGUCCCGACUGGAAACCAGCGAGGAUAUUCCGACUUCCAUGACUCGCCUACUUCGGUUGCUCCCGCACCCCCAACCCCUCAGGUCUAUGACAACGUCCCAUAUCAAACCGUCACUCCGAACUACGCUCAAUACCCUCAGUACCCUCAGUACCCUCAAAUCCCUCAGCAGGCAUAUGGCAACGGCGCCCUGCCUCCUGGAACCUGGGUUUUCCUUCCUUACAAUCACGGUCAAAAUCAACUGCCUCCCAUCACCUCGCUGAACUUCGCCCCCUUCUCCACCGGUGCUUGGAACGCAGGAAACCCCCAUGGUCCUCAGGUGCCACAGGCUAUGUAUUACGGUUCCUCCCCAUCGCAAAUGACCCAGCCAUCGCCAUUCCUGCCACCUCUUCCGGGUUUCAUGUCCCAUUCCUAUGGCCAGCAGCCUGCCCAUAGCCAGCAGCAUAUCGAUCAACUGGCCGCCAACUCGCCUCAGGUUCAGCCCGAAGAACCGACAGAGCAGGAGGAAGACGAUGACAAGUUCAAGCCCCUCUGCGAAUUCUCCCAACCCUGCAGCAUGAGUCCCAGCCCGGAUGGCCUCCACUUCAGAAAGAUUGUUUCCCACCUCUUUGGCAGAAACAAGGCAUCCACAAAGCUAUUCCCCGAGUCAGUUUGGGUCUAUUAUUGCAGAAAACAUUACCAGCGGGCCAGAUAUCGCGCUGAGCAAUGGCCCUUCAAUCAGUGUGAGCUGUUGCUGCAGUCCUUGGACCGCAUGGAAGAAUGGGGGUACGUCCUGAGCUUUGAGCUCCGACUUCGUCGCCGCGAGGCCCUGCGAACUGAUGGACAGGGUGAGAGACCCGCUCCGAGUGGUCUUCUCCAGAACGGCCGCAGACACCCAACCGCCAUCACUGCUCCCGUCCCUGACUGGCUCCAGCGGGAGGUCGGCGCCGGCAAUUCGUUCAAUGACAUUCGCGACAUCGUCAGGCGCAUCGAGGCCUACCUCACCAGCAUCCAGAAACAAGAGGACGCCAAGCGAGAGAGCCGGACCAAGGCCAACGCUGUAGGCAACCUCACCAAGGAUGAGAAGAAGGUCGCCCAAAAUGCGGCGUACCGGGAGCGCAACAGCCUCGUUCGCUUCCCCGACAUUGAAAUCCUGCCAACCUUCCACCCGGACGUGUUGGAGGAUGCCAAGCGGCGGUCGGCUCAGAAGAAGAGCGGCCAACAGGCGGAGCAGGCGGAUGAAGGCGGAGUUGAGGGCGGAGUUAAGGACGACGUCGGUGAAGAAGAGGGGGAGUACCUGAGUGAAGACGGCGAGGACCUCGUCGCCGAGGCGGCUAACCAACUCCAACGCCGCAAGAAACUGCACCUGAAGGUGGGUGGUCGAAUCUCUUCCCGGGGUUCGAUCAAGAAGCCCGCCAAGAAGGAGGAGUAG